AUGGAGGACGAGAAAAAUGGUUACCUUGGAGCUAAGAAAGGUUUCGAAGGCGGAGCUACAGUGACAUUUCGUGAGGACAAAAAAACUCAUAGGACUUCUUACUCUGGUGGUCGUGGUCGUUCUGAUGGUAACGCUUUAGUGGGAAAGAUAUGCUACUUCAACACACAGAGUGGAAAUUUUACCAUUGAUUCAGUAACAAGCACAAAUGCACUUGGAGAUGUGUUCCUUGAACAUGAGUAUUACUCGAGCAACCUCAACUGUAUUGUGGAUGAGAAGGUGUUAUCACCUAUUGCGCUAGACCCUAAACCUGAGCAUCAGCUGAGUAUGGAGGACGUUAACAUGGAGGACGUUGACAAGGUUAAGGUUGGAUCUGACACUCUGGAAGGACUUCGAAGCCUCUUGAUCGCUGACUGUGGUCAGAUUUCUUAG